UUAUUGUCGUAAUCUGGGAGAGAGACAGAAAAGUAUCGCCGUUUGAGUUGUUCCUGUAAAAGCUUGGAAAUCCAGCCGUUGCAGGGGCAGACGGGCAGUGGUGUGCUGAAGAAUCAAAGCAUAUGAACUGAGAAAGCACCCCCGGAUUCUCUCUUAUUUGCCAAACCGCCCCUCUGGGUAUCAUAUCCUCUCUCUCUGGUAAGUCUCUCUGUCUCUGGUAAGUCUCUCUCUCUCUCUCUCUCUCUCUCUCUCUCUGUGUCUAGAGUUUUCAAGGUCAUGUUUAGAGAGAAAGAUCUCCCUAAUGGUGCUGUAGCCUCUGAGGGCGAGAACAGCUCGCAGAGCAAGCCCUCCCAGCACAUUUCUGAGAGAAACAGGGACAAACCGGAUGCGAAAAUGAGUUUUCCUGGGAAGGGUAUGGGUUUUCUCCGAGAUUCAGAAAUAGGUUCUGAUGGGUUCCGAUCAAAAACCUCCAAAGCAGGGACCUCUGGAUCCCAGGAGCUCACUCUCAGCUACCUCUGCGACAAUUCUAAACUGGGUCUUCCCGAGAAAGAGAUUCCCGGGAAAAACUUGCUCAAUUCCUUCGAGAAAGGCGCCCUCAAAGGCAGAGAAAUCUCCAUUCUGGAGAAUUCAAACCAAGAUGAGAAAUGGGUCGAGAGAGAUUUCCUGAAUUUGAACGAAACCAGAGGGAAUUCUUCGAAGCGAGAGGUCGAGGAAGAGGUUGAGAGAGAGAAUGUUGUGGAUAAGAAGCCAAAGCUAGAGACUCUGAAUCUGUCUCUAGCUUUGCCCGAUGUAUCACUAUCUCUCACUGCUCCCAACCCUUCACAAAAUGCCGAUUCUCUGGCUCGCCCAAAGCCUACUAGGAGCAUGCAAUCUUUGGCACCGUCUAAUAACAAUCCCCAAACCACUUGUUCCAAUGAUUUCCCGGCGAUGUCUUACUCGUAUUCUCACCCCCUUUCCCACAACCCCAGUUGCUCACUCACACGUAAUUCAACGGAAAAUUACGAUUAUUCGAUGGGGAGAGAUGACCAGAUUUGGAAUUGUGGGGAGGGAACUAAUGGUUCGGUUCAUAGUCGGUUUAAGCCGAUCGGAGAUGGGGUUGUCGGGCUGUCGAAUAAUGGUGGAGGUCUUUUUUCGAUGAUGCAGGGAAAUCAGAGCGAUCGUAAUAGGGAUUCGUGUAAUAAUAGUCAUUAUAGGACUACUACGAGCUCGGAUAACCAUUCGUUUUUCCCAUCUGAGCUCCCAGCUAGACCGAGGAUUGAUACGCAGUCAGGCGAUUCGAGAGGACGGGGUUCAGAGGGUUUCAGGACUUUGGAGGGCGUUGAUACUAGUGUGAGAGUUAGGAAGGUUUCUGGACAGGAAAGGAUUAUUCACGAGAUUGUAUCAAAGUCUAUUCCUGUUAUGGCUCAGACAAUUCAGGAGCUUCCUGACGAGACUGUUGCAUUGGUCAAGGAAUACUUGCAAUGUAUCAUUGCAAUGCCUGAGAAGAAAGAGGAAGUGGUAGGACUACAAAGUUGCCUUGAACGGAGGUCUGAUCUUACUAAGGAGACUUUGUCAAAGUGUCACAAAUUGCAGUUGGAAAUAUUGCUUGCUGUGAAAAUGGGACAUGGAAACUACUUAUCUAGCGAAAUACGCGUGCCAACAGCUGAGCUGGUGGAGAUGUUUUUGUAUAUGAGAUGUAGAAAUGUGAAUUGCAGGAGCAUGCUGCCUGUUGACGAUUGUGACUGCAAGAUUUGCUCGGCCAAUAAAGGAUUUUGCAGUCAGUGCAUGUGUCCCAUCUGUUUGAACUUUGAUUGUGCGAACAAUACUUGUAGCUGGGUUGGCUGUGACGUGUGCUCCCAUUGGUGCCAUGCUGCUUGUGGCAUUCAGAAGAAUCUGAUUAAACCCGGUCCUAGCUUGAAGGGGCCUUCAGGGACUACGGAGAUGCAGUUUCACUGUAUUGGGUGUGGGCAUGCUUCAGAAAUGUUUGGUUUCGUUAAGGACGUGUUUUUGUGCUGUGCAAAAGAGUGGGGCUUGGCAACCCUGAAAAAGGAACUUGAUUGUGUGAGGAAGAUUUUCAAGGGAAGUGAAGAUUACAAAGGCAGGGAAUUGCAUAUCAAAGCUGAUGAGAUGCUAUCCAAGCUUGAAAGUAAAAUGAUCUCUCCUUCGGAUGCCUGCAACAUCAUUAUUCAGUUCUUUAACUACACAGAUGGCAUGUCCGACUUUCCUGCUUCAGGUGUGGUUUCAAAAGAUUUGGUGGCAACUCAAGCUAUUCUUAGGAAAGAAGCAACCCCUCUUCCACAAUCGACUUCUCUACCUCACAAAUAUUCUGGAUACAACAUGAGCUCUUCUAGUAUACAUAAUGAUUUGUUGUUAAAUGAUCUCCGUCAGCGUGACCGCAAACCUUCCAUCAUAAGUGAAUUGACCACUGAGGAUGAUUUCCAGUUUCGGGCAUUGCCAAAGAAAGACGGGUUUGACAGCUUGGAAAGCUUAGUGCGAAUCAAGGAAGCAGAAGCUAUGAUGUUUGAGAACAAGGCAGAUGAAGCACGUAGAGAGGCUGAAAGUUUCCGGCGGAUGAUUAAGACCAAGACUGAAAAGAUGGAAGAAGAGUAUGCUGGAAAGCUUGCCAAACUAUCUCUGCAAGAGACCGAGGAAAGGCGAAGGAAGAAACUGGAGGACUUAAAGGUUUUGGAAAAUUCACAUUGUGAUUAUUACAACAUGAAAAUAAGAAUGCAAGCUGAGAUUGACGGUUUGUUAGAGAGAAUGGAGGCAACAAAACAGCAAUGGGUGUGAUUUUCUUUUCGUUUUUUCUAACAAUGAUGCUAAAAAGUGUGUAGUCUGGUCAUGUUACCAUUUUGGAUUCUGCUUGUUAUUUUAAAUGCAAAAUGAACUAUCGUUUCUGUUGUGAAA